CUCAUAAUGUUGCUCUCACACUCAUGCACCUCUCUUAUCUUUAUAGGAGUUGUUGUCACUUUUGUAUGUAACACAAAACGGAACAUAACAUAACAAAACAGAGAGAUGAGUCAAGAAGAACAACCAAAGCGGCCACAAGAGCCAGUCACUUACGGUGACGUUUUUGAAGUCUCCGGUGAACUCGCUGAUAAGCCUAUAGCGCCGGAGGAUGCAAACAUGAUGCAAGCAGCGGAGACACGUGUGUUUGGCCACACUCAGAAAGGCGGUGCAGCGGCAGUCAUGCAGUCUGCAGCCACUGCUAAUAAACGCGGUGGCUUUGUCCAUCCAGGUGACACAACUGAUCUCGCCGCUGAACGAGGCGUCACAGUGGCGCAAACUGACGUCCCUGGUGCACGUGUCACAACAGAAUUCGUCGGUGGACAGGUCGUUGGACAAUACGUCGAGCCUAGGCCAGUGGCGACUGCGGCAGCUAUGGAAGCAGAAGUUGUGGGUUUGAGUUUACAAAGUGCAAUAACGAUUGGAGAAGCAUUGGAAGCGACUGUGCAAACCGCUGGAAACAAACCGGUGGAUCAAAGCGACGCAGCAGCGAUUCAAGCGGCAGAGGUUAGAGCUUGUGGCACUAAUGUGAUUGCUCCUGGUGGAAUCGCCGCUUCUGCUCAAUCAGCAGCAAAUCACAACGCUACCAUAGACCGUGAUGAGGAUAAAAUCAAGCUCAUUGAUGUUUUGGCGGGUGCGACCGGGAAGUUAGCCGCAGAUAAAGCUGUGACCAGGCAGGACGCAGAGGGAGUGGUGAGCGCUGAGCUGAGGAACAAUCCUAAUUUGUCUACUCACCCUGGUGGUGUAGCGGCUUCUAUUACUGCCGCCGCUAGGCUUAACGAGAGAGCUGAUAUAUGAAAAAUCCUGCGAGAGGGAGAUGUUUUGGUUCUGUUGUUCAAAAAAGUUCAGUCAUAAUGUAAAAAAAUGGUCACUUUCCGGUUAUAAAGUUGAAAUCUUUCUCU